AAGUUGUUGACAGAUGUCAAUCGGCCUUCGACCCGAGACCGUAGUCGAAAGGUAAACAUUACAAAGUUUCGUCGAAACGGAAUUAGUUCCCAAAUCCAAUAAAUCAACUCCAAGUUGUGGUGUGAUGCUGUACAAUGGCAGUAUACGCCGCUCAUCUGACACGCACCUUACAAGGCACCCCCACAGUGUUUCAAGUGACCGCACAAGAAGCCCUCGGUUCUACAGUUAAACCUGCCCUUAAGAAGGUUGUGGAGUACUUAGCUGCAACAUACCCUAACAAGUGCAGCUGGUGUUUAAAAUGGUAUGAUGAGCUGUACUUGCUGUUUGAUAGUUUUCUACAAUAUCAUUACUUAAAACAUUAUGCUGCAUCAUUCUCAGAAAGUUUCUACGGUCUUCUCCGAGUGCCUUUAAACUUCUCCAGUGAGUUUAGUUCGGGGCCGCGGCUGCCCGUGUACCUCGAGCGAGCGUCUCUGGCGGCGUUGGUGUUAGUGCCUUACAUUAGUGAUAAAGUUGAACGGAUUGUUGACCGAUGGAGAGAGAAGGACGAAGAUGGGAAACUUGGGAAGAAUACUGCAGACCAACUCCGUCGUGCAGCCAUCAGGGUAUACUCUGUCAUCCACCUAGUGUCCGAGGGUGUCCGCCUGGUGCAGCUGGCGCGGUAUCUGAUGGGAUCAGCCCGGAGCUACUCGCCAGCGCUGGCGGUGCUGGGGCUCGCCCUGUCAGAGGCGCCGCCCCAGCAGCUCCCUGAAGACGAGUAUACAUGGGCGGACUUCAUUAGGAAUAUGGUUACAGGGCAGAUCGGGAGCGCGGUGGUGACAUUCCCAAUGAUGGGUUCUCUGGCGCUGGGCGCGGUGGAGUACGGCGCCUUCGCCGUGCAGUUCCUGCGCUGGUGGGAGAGCCGCGCCACCCACCAGCACACCCACGCGCUGCCCACCCCGCCACCACCAGAGAGAGAUGAGCGAGCCCUGCGGUGGAAGAACAAGUGUCCCUUGUGUCUGCAGACUUGGAAGAUUCCCACCGUGCUGCCCGUAUCAGGAUACAUAUUCUGCUACAUCUGCAUUUCCCGCCACGUGAGAGCAAACUCCUCGUGUCCGGUGACACGCUGCCCCGCGGCCGAGAGCUCGCUAGUACGGCUGUACAUCGACUGACAUACCCUGUGCGAUCCGGGCGGAUCCUGGGAACGACACGGAAAGGUGGGAAUGAGAGGGGAUGAAUUUAGUAAAAAAUUAAGUACAGUGUAGGAUCCGGGUGAGUAAAUAUCAAUGAAUUUUAUAUGGACGUCAUAAUACGUCCGUGAUGUUUUUACGUUUAUCAUUUGUCAGUACUGUACUUGAGUGGAUACCAUAAUAAUACCACCAAUAAAAGGUGUAAUGUGCUGGACGUAUAUAGACGUAUCAUCAACUGAUCUCACUACUAAUGUCGCUACCACCCGAAUCCUAUACGGCUAAAUUACGAUAGCAUUAUAGCUACAUAUUUUUCCAAAAAAUAAAAAUAAGCAUUCCCUACACAGUGCUUGCAUUAUACUGACGUAAUAAGACGUCAUGCAAUACUCAUACAGUUUUGAUGUAAUAAUUUGUAAAAUCGUUUAUAUUUAUUAUCAGUAAAUAAGCAAUAUAACGGUGCAUAAAUUAUAUUAUUUAUAAUGUUUUAAAUUUUAUCAGUGUGGUUAUGGAUAUGGAUUUUUGUAUUUUCUAGUCUGCUGUAAGGCAUUAAUAGUUUAGGAUAAGUUUUAUAAGCAGAUAGAGACCAGUGGAGAUUAUAUUCAAAUCGACAAACCUUGUUACCUUUUAUGGCUGGCGUCGACUAGACUCGCUGUGUCGAGUCGAAUCGUGUCGUAUUAUAUCACCCGCUAUACUUUUGCUAUGAAAUUGCGUCCAUGAAAAGCGCGCCUCUGUACCUCUUACAUAACUAUAUAACCCAGUGUGUCUGUACUUUCAAAAAAUAUAAUAAAAAAAGGUGACCAAAAAAAGAAGACAUCAGCGAGUUUUUAAUUCAUUUCUAUGUUUUUCUGUUAGUGUACAUUUCCGAAACUACUUAACAUAUUUUCUUAUAGUUUGAUAGGUGGAGAGGUAUAAUUAAGUUCAGAAUAUAGGUUUUGUUCCAUUAAAUUCGGAUAUCGGAAUGUUAUAAAUCCGUACAAAGUCGCGGGCACACCUAAUACAAAAUAUAUGCGAUUCGUUUGGGCGCGCUUCUAUUCCCUAGUCGACGCCAGCCUUUAUUUUUUAUGCAAUACUAAACUUGUAAAAACAAGUAGAUAUACAAGUUGCUGCAAAUAUGGUUUUUGUACUCUUAUCAUAAAUUUUUUGUGGGGAAAGUGCAAUUAACAUUGCCGCCAUAGAGGUCACUGAGGGUAAUCUUGUGCCUGCUGAUCUAGAAAUAAUGGCGAAUAAAUAUUUGUUUUAUGUUUCCUAUAACAGUAACUGGUCGCCAUCUUCUGCGGUAGAUUUAAUUAAAUUAAAAAGAGGUCUUCAGUAAAUAGGUAAUGAUGUAUGCCAAUCAGCUUCUCUAAUAUUUUAUACAAUAUGUAUAAGGUGGAAGACAAAAUAUACCGAUAAUGGUUGUUAUUUUAUUGAUAUUUUACAGUAUUGUUAACAGUGAAACUUGUAAAUAAAUAAAUUGUUUUAA